GCCCAGGCAGGUGUCACUCACCCUGGCUUAAUACACUGACACACUACCCUUCAUACUUACCUGUUGUAUCAGCACAUCCAGGGGCCUGGGGGCAAGUUGACCAUGCCCAGGCAGGUGUCACACACCCCGGCUUAUGACACUGUCACUGUCCCCGUCACACUUACCUGCUGUUGAAGCACCUUCGAACUCUCCAGCCCAGGUGGCCCGUGGUCCGGAGAUAGGAUCCCGUGAAAAACCGAUUCUUCCGCCGGCCAUAUCUCCCGAAGGGGACCACCUAUGGGCUCUGGGUUGGUCUCGUUGGAAAGUCCGCAGCAAGACCUUUCCAACGAGCCCGGCCACACGUUCCUGGGUGGUUCCUUCCCGGAUACAGCGGCUCUGGACCGCCCGACGUCCCACGGACGUUUCUCCCGGACCGGACACAGCACAGACUCCGGGUUGGUCGCGUUCGAACCGGCCUUCUGAGUCCUUUCAGACGAGCCAACCCCCACCUCCCUACUCCGUUGUCGCGCGGAGCGGCGGCCGCUCCAGCCUUCAGGUGGACGUGACGGAUUACGUUUGGGGCUCUACCUCCCGAACCGGACCGACCCCGGACCCCGUUACAGGCUCAUCCGACGCGGCUCGAAGGGACCCUUCGAUUGAGCCCUGGACCGUCUCUGUAGUCCUCCGGGUCUCAGAGAUACGGGCCUUGGAUUACACCCUCUCCGGAAAACGACUCUUUCGACGGCCGUAUCUCCGGAACGGAGAGGCCCCGGGACACCAAAUUCGGGGCCCUUACACAUCUCGACGAGCCCUUUCCAACGACACCGGCCCCGACCCUCUAGCCCCUCGGGGGCCCGAGAUAGCAUUUUGCACAUUUGAGCCUCUAGCUCCAGAACCGGAAGUGCCACCGGGUAGAGACCGGCCUCAUUCGAAAGGCACGCCCGAGACCUUUCCAACGAGCCCGGCCUCGUCUCUCUAGCCCACCGGGUCCCCGAGAUAUCGUACGACGCGACCUCCGCGUCCAAAGGGCUGUCGCCCGUGUCAACAUGGCCGUCCAAGUUGGCCGCAAUUAAACAUUGUUUCAACGGCGUAUAUCCUAACCUUAACCAGGACGCUCAUACUGACGCCGGGAAAGCUCGUACCUUCGACGGACAUCGCAGCGGCGGCCCGGCCAUUCGACGCCUGCUCGACGUCACACACGGUUUCGCACGACUUCAGCGGGCGCAGAGGGACAGGCUGAGUCGCUACAUGUGCCACCACCCGGACACGGCUGCGCAGUUCUACGUCGCAGACCAGACGGCCAAGGAGGCAUGCAAGGCCCGAAAACAUGCCCUAAAAGCACUUGGAAUAAAGCCUUAAACACCGUUCAAUGUUAUAAAU